AUGGCAUCCCAUCCAUUUCUGUCCCUCCUAAUCACCCUUCUUCUCUCCUUGGCACAGGUGCGAGCUGCCUGCUACUACCCAGACGGCAGCAUCGCCCCCAACGAUACACCAUGCCAGGACCUAACGGCCGAGUCGACUUGCUGCGGGCAGGGCUACGCGUGCCUCUCGAACGCCAUGUGUGAGGCAACGGGCAAAGAGUUAUCAAAGGACGGGGCGACGGAGCUCGUGAGGGGCUCGUGUACUGACCGGUCCUGGCGGAGCUCGACUUGUCCUCUGUUCUGCAUCAACCCGGAGACGGAUAACGUGGGGGGCGGCAUCGGGGUUGCAAAGUGUGAGGGGACGGCGGAGGAGUUGUAUUAUUGUAUCAACUCGGUUAUGGACACGGAUAAUUGCACGGCCAAAAAGAAUGUCCUAUUUUUCCAGCAAUCACCAACUGCAAUCACAACCAUCGGCGUAGCAGCCACACCAACUCCAUCAUCGUCAACAACAUCCGAGUCAACUUUAGUCGCCACAACCGUUAUCAUCAGCCCUUCUGCCAAUCCUUCGAGUGCUCCGAACCCGAGCUCGGUAGCAUUAAGUAGCGUAACUCAAAGUUCAACACAAAGUCCCACAAGCAGUCCCGAAACCAGCCCCACCACGGAGCCAGAGGCAACAAAUGACAAGACGGUCAUCAUCGGCGCGGCUGUUGGGGCUUCCAUAGGUGAGGCAGCCCAAACACAGGUGCAAUACUACACGCCGGGGCCGCCGCCUGCUCGAUACGUCAGUCCGCCUGUGUUUGAUCAAGUUUACGAAGCGCCUAACGAGUGGAAACCUCCCUUGGUGUCGGAUCACUUUGCUCCUCAGGAGCUGCCUGGGUGGUCGCCGGAGCCUCGGAGAAACUGA